UCGGCUCAGCUCAGCUCGGAACCGUCCAGAGCAACAUGCAGGAUGGCGAGUGUGGAGACAGCCGCCGAACACGAACGCAUCCUGCGGGAGAUCGAGAGCACAGACACCAACUGCAUCGGGCCGACCCUCCGGUCGGUGUACGACGGUCGGGAACAUGGCCUCUUUAUGGAGAAGCUGGACGUGCGGAUCAGGAACCACGACCGAGAGAUCGAGAAGAUGUGUAACCAUCACUUCCAGGGGUUCGUCGACUCCAUCACGGAGCUGCUCAAAGUGCGAGGGGAGGCGCAGAAACUGAAGAGUCAGGUGACUGAGACCAACAGGCAUCUUCAGGAAGGUGGCAAAGAGCUCAUGAGCUCUAUGGAGGAGCUGCAACAGUGUCGAGUGCAACAGAGAAACAUCGCAACCACCAUAGACAAACUGACGCACUGCUUACCAGUGUUGGAGAUGUACAGCAGACUCCAGGAGCAGAUGAGUGCCAAAAGGAUUAUGAUGAGAAUUCAUAGAUACUACCCGGCGCUGCGGACCUUGGAGCAGCUUGAGCAUACGUGUCUUCCCAGGGCAGGCCAGUACCGGUUCUGCUCCAUUAUGGCGGAAAACAUCCCUAAACUGAGGACACAGAUCCGCGACACGGCGAUGACGCAACUGAGAGACUUCCUGGAGAGCAUCCGGAAACACUCUGACAAGAUAGGAGAGACCGCCAUCAAACAGAUCAGGGACGGGAAGAUUUGGCAGCGCUUAGCCCAUUAA